CCGGGGGGCGCGUCCUGGCGCAUCCCGCGGGCCGCGCUGGAGCCGCCGCCGGGCGGGCUCUGGGCGGGCGGCGGCUCCUUCUGCCUCGUGAUCCCCUUCCCGGCGCUCAAAUCCCGCUCUGCUGGCGCUGGAGGAGGAGGAGGAGGCAGGAGACCCUCCCGCAGCGGGAAGGGUUGGCAGCUCCCCCGGCGAGGCGAAGUGCGGGAGGAGGAGACGGGGAAGGGAGAGCCGGUGGGAAAGACCAGUGCGAGGAACGGAACGAACCGGGGAGCGCCAGUAUGAAAUCCAUCCCUGCCUGUUACCUGCUGCCUCUCUUCGCUGCGCUGGUCUUCGGCACUAGACAGGGCUAUGAAGAACUGGAAAGACAGCUGAAAGAAGUCUUUAAGGAAAGGAGCAACGUACUUCACCAGCUGUUAAAGACUUCUAAAGAACUUCAGGGAAUUAAAGUAAACCUUCAGUCUCUGAAAAACGAUGAAGCAUCAACCAAAAGCGACGUACAGAAGCUUCUCGAACUGGGGGCAAAGCAAAGGGAAGAAAUGAAGUCUCUCCAGCAAGCCUUCCAAAAGCAGCUUCAAGAGGCAACUGAGAAAGCAGAGAAGCAGCAGGCUACCAUUAACUUUUUGAAGACUGAAAUGGAAAGAAAGAGCAAAAUGAUCCGAGACCUCCAAAAUGAGAACAAAAGCCUCAAAAACAAGCUCUUGUCAGGAAACAAGCUUUGUGGCAUUCAUGCAGAGGAGUCAAAAAAGAUACAAGCCCAGCUGAAAGAGCUUCGUUAUGGGAAAAAGGAUCUGAUUUUUAAGGCACAGCAGCUAACAGAUCUGGAGCAAAAACUAGCAGUUGCAAAAGAGGUAUUGGAGAAAGCAGCCCUUGACAAGGAGUCACAGCUGAAAGCUCUGAAGGACACGGUGCAGCUCUGCCUGUCCUCCGUUCUGCACAAUCAGCCCUCCCCUGUAAACCUCAUCCCUUCAAAACCAACUGAGAGGCUGAACCCCCCAGUCACAAAGGGCUCCCGAGUCCCAUUUCAAGUGACAAACUCCAAGAUUCGUCGAAAUGUCUCAGCAGAGAAAGAGAAUUUUCACGUGGACUUGGAAAGCAAAGAAAAUCAGAGCACCCAGGAGUGUGAUUCUCAAGAUGUUGCCAAGACGUGUUUGGGGAAUCGCAAUAAUUCGACAUCUCAUUUGAAGGUAGCAGAAACAGAGACAAGCUCUCAGAAGUUGCACAGCCUUCCGUGGACUAAAUCCGAAGACAAAAAGUCACCUGAAAGAGAUGAGAAAAAAUCAGAGGAGUCUGUUAGUACAAAGGAAAAAAACCUCUAAGCACUACUAACCUACAUUAAGAACGCCGUUCACUUGCUUCCACAUUCAGAUUCUUUUUAGUGCAAAGUCAUGAAAUGUACCAGGUUUCUAAAGCAUGCAUUUUUCACUAUUUUAUGAAUGUUUGUAAAUUAGCCUAGAAUAGACCAAUUAGUACCUUCCAGCCAUAAUCCAAAAGGGAUGUUUGAAGAAAAGCUUCAGAAUACAGCCCAGUUUUUGAACUCUUGUUCUACACAUAAGUAAUUGCAUAGUUUCUUUGUAAACAAAAGCCAAUCUUAAGUAUUUUCUCAGUCUGUUCUAUUUCAUGUACCUUUAUGGCAGAUUAGGUUUUUAAAUUAAGAUUAAAGGGGCAGCUGGGGAGGGGGGGGAGAAAUAUCUGUGUAGCCAUAGUUUAAGUACAACUCAUAAGUGCAGCUGUAAAAAGGGAACUGUGGAUGGGGAGGGGGGGUGUCAAUGUAUUACCUUUCAGUAAUACCAUUUCAAAUCUACUAAUUUAAACAAUAAAAUAUGUUUAUUUGGUUCUUUUUUUUUUCUUUUCCCUGUCUGCUAUCACAACUCUUUUUUUGUCCAUUUUUUGAACACUGAAGCACUGACAGAACUGGAUUUUGAGAGGUGGAGAUAAAGUUGAGUCAGGGGAGAUUUAUCUUAGAUGUUGGGAAAAAAUUCUUCACCCAGAGGGUGUUUGGGCACUGGAACAGGCUCCCCAGGGAAGUGGUCCCUGCAACAAGCCUGCCAGAGUUUGGGAAGGGUCUGGACAAUGCUCUCUGGCACGUGGGGUGACUCUUGGGAAUGGUCCUGUGUAGAGCUAAGAGUUGGACUCAGUGAUCCUUGUGGGUCCCCUCCAACUCAGCAUGUUCUGUGAUUUUUCACCACGGGGCAUCAAAGACAGAACAGGAUUUCCUGGGUGAGUAUUUUUCUGUUUUUCUAAUAUAAGUGGCAGUGGAAUUUAAAAUCUGAAUACCAGCUAACUCAGAAAUUCAAUGUGAGUUUGGGCAGGUAGAAUUUGUCUUCAGUUAACGAGGUUUCUAAUUUAGGUUCCUAAAUUUGAAACCAAGCAAAUAUGAGAUUUGCACUUUGGCUAUCAUUCUCUAUUACCUUUACUGACUUGACUAUUAUUAUGAAUUUCCUAUUCUUUUUACUAUUUAUUAUUAUUUAACUUAACUGUUAUUAUAACUGGAUGAUCUUUAAGGUCACCCCAAGCAAACCAACUAUCCUUCCCAAGGCAAAAAUUGUUAAGUAGUGUUGAUUAAUAGAUCGAAUUAACACACACAAUAUAAUCCCCAAACUGAUCUCUCUUCAUCUUAAUUCCAUUAUGUCACUAAGGAAAGAGGCCAGGUAGUUUUAAUUAGAAGUGCUUCUUAGUACUAAGCUAAAUAAUGUCUUUACAGACGUGAUAAAAUUUGUGAUUGUAGAAAUUAUGGUUGUUUCAUUAUUAGCAAAGUUAACACACUGAAAUUUAUGAGCUUUAGCUGCUGACAAGCUGACCCAUUUCUUAGUUUAUUCAUAUGCAGAGUGAAGCCAUUAUAUGUUUUUGUGUAAAAUCUAACAGUUUAAAGAUAAUCUUCUUGUGGUGCCAUUUUCUGCGGAUGUGACAGGCAAAGGCUCGCUUGCAAGUAAUGAAAUUACACUGUUUUUACCUUU